AUGAUGCCCAUGUUGCCGUCCCGGUCUCGCCCCACGUCGGACACGCAGACGAAGACCUACUGGAUAUUCAAGAGCCAAGGCAAGCUUCUGCCAGUCGGCAGUGUUUCCAACGGUGAAAAGCGGACAUGCGUCGCUACCUGGCAGUCGUGGUCGGUGUCAUUGAAAAAGGCAAUACUGCCCGAUAGCGCCCUCACAUCACCGGGGCUUGUUGCCAGCGAUGCAGUCGGCGAAGAGGUUGCGGAUGAGGCUGUGGGAAAAGGCAAGGCUGGCGGGCUCAUGAUUGCAAGGGCACCAAAACGGUGGGCAUACGAUGACGCAGGAGAUUCGUCGCCACACAUUGUGAUGAGCGUGUCGUUCGUCUGA